GCGGUGGUAGUAGGCCCAAGUCAACAAUAUGGCGGCACGGGGUUGCUACGGUACCCAAGUUUGAGGGGGGUUUCGGAGGCCUCGCCUCUCUCUUUUUUACCUCAACUCGCCGCCAUGGCCCGGCACAGAAACGUCCGUGGCUACAACUACGACGAAGAUUUUGAAGAUGAUGACCUUUAUGGUCAGUCUGUAGAAGAUGAUUACUGCAUCUCACCAUCAACAGCUGCUCAGUUUAUUUAUUCAAAACGAGAUAAAACUUCAGUCUCUGCAGAACCUUUAGAGGAACAUGAUUAUGAAGACUCUGAACAUAGCAAUUUUAUCUCCAGUCACCAGCUGACUGGACUUGAAAAAGCUCAGCUAAAUUCAUGCCUUGAUCAUAUGAAAGAAGUUCUUGGAGAUUCAGUGCCAGAAAAAAUGCUGGUGGAAGAAGUACUCAGCAAAAACUUUGAUAUACAGAAAGCUUUGGACUCUAUCCUUGCACAAGACAAUAAGCAAAAUGGGAAGACCAAGAAUGAGGAUAAUGUAAUUGUAGGAAAGCCAACUAAAGUGCAAAUGUAGAAGAGAAUGGACAUAAUACAUUUAUACCACAAAAAGGAUUCUCUGCUGGAGAUACCAUUGGAAAUAUGGGGAUAGCUGAGAUACUACCUAAAUCAACUUUUCCCUCCCAGACCAUUCAAGCAUCAGAAGACUCAUCAGUGGUACCAACUCCUGUGAAAAAGUCUGCAAAAUCAAAACAACAAUUAGAUAUAAAAGCUGAGUUGGAGAAGAGACAAGGAGGAAAACAUUUGCUUAACCUUGUAGUAAUAGGACAUGUUGAUGCAGGAAAAAGUACUUUAAUGGGUCAUUUGUUGUAUCUUCUGGGUAAUGUGAACAAGCGAACAAUGCACAAAUACGAGCAAGAAUCAAAGAAAGCUGGAAAAGCUUCAUUUGCUUAUGCCUGGGUUUUAGAUGAAACAGGGGAAGAGAGAGAAAGGGGAGUGACAAUGGAUGUAGGUAUGACGAAAUUUGAGACAAAAACAAAAAUUAUUACACUAAUGGAUGCUCCUGGCCAUAAAGACUUCAUUCCAAAUAUGAUCACAGGAGCUGCCCAGGCUGAUGUGGCUGUAUUAGUGGUAGAUGCCAGCAGAGGGGAAUUUGAAGCUGGUUUUGAGACUGGUGGACAGACACGAGAACAUGGUCUUUUAGUUCGAUCAUUGGGAGUAACACAGCUAGCAGUUGCAGUCAAUAAAAUGGAUCAGGUCAAUUGGCAACAGGAACGAUUUCAGGAAAUUGUUAAUAAACUUGGACAAUUCCUUAAGCAAGCUGGCUUUAAGGAAUCAGAUGUAGCUUACAUCCCUACCAGUGGACUUGGCGGUGAAAAUCUUGUUACAAAAAGUCAAACAAGUGAAUUGGCAAAAUGGUACACAGGAAAAUGUUUGCUGGAACAAAUUGAUUCUUUCAAGCCACCUCAAAGAUCAGUUGAUAAACCAUUCAGAUUAUGUGUAUCAGAUGUUUUUAAAGAUCAAGGAUCAGGAUUCUGUGUAACAGGUAAAAUCGAAGCAGGAUAUGUCCAAGUUGGGGAACGACUCCUUGUCAUGCCUCCUAAUGAAACUUGCACUGUAAAAGGAAUUGCUCUACAUGAGCAGCCAGUGGAUUGGGCUGCAGCUGGAGAUCACGUUAGUCUCACUUUGACUGGCAUGGAUAUCAUCAAAAUCAAUGUUGGUUUUAUAUUUUGCUGUCCCAAGGAGCCAAUUAAAACCUGCACACGCUUCAGAGCUCGUGUUCUUAUCUUUAAUAUUGAAAUACCCAUCACCAAAGGAUUUCCUGUGCUCUUACAUUUUCAAACUGUAAGUGAGCCUGCUACUAUUAGAAAAUUGCUGAGUGUGCUUCAUAAGAGCAGUGGUGAAGUUGCCAAGAAAAAACCUAAGUGUCUGACAAAAGGGCAGAAUGCUUUAAUAGAACUACAGACCCAAAGACCUAUUGCUUUGGAGCUUUAUAAAGACUUUAAAGAACUUGGGAGAUUUAUGUUGCGCUACGGAGGAUCCACUAUAGCAGCAGGAGUAGUUGUGGAGAUUAAGGAUUGAUUGUGUGCCAGGACAUCUGCAAUCCAGCCAAAUGAAAUCAUAAGCUCAAAUAUACUUCUCUGAGGAAUCCAUUUGUAUCCGUUGAAGGAACAAAGACAAUUAUGUAUUGGCAAUUAUGUAUUGGGUACUCUGCAAACAUUUCAGGGCCAUUGUUGCUGUAGAACAAUUUGCCAGCAAGAAAAUACUCAUUGCACUUUCUCACUGCACAAGUUUCAGCAUAUUCCCAAACUAAAAUGUCAUCCCAUCAAUAGUUCUAGUGGAUCGUUUUCAAAAACUGAUUGGAAUGAUGUAUUAAAGAAUGAUGAUUCAUCAUGGAAAAAAAUGUUACUUCCAGCCUUAAAGUUUGUUUACAAUUUUUAGGGAGAGCUGAUGCUUUGCUGCAUGGUAUUUUAUAAAUUACACAUCAAUUGAUCUAAAAUAUUUGAAGUUUUAUACAACUAUGUUUUCAAAGAAUCCUGUUUCCUUCUGUUUCAGAAAACAUUAUGUAAUGCUGCCCCUACAACCUAAUUUCUUUCCAUCCUCAUUAUUUUAUUUAAAUAAUUGAGUAGAUAUAGCUUAUCCAAUAAUGAUUAAUUUUAUUUUUUAAAUUGUAGAAGUAUAAUAAAAUAGUCAUCUGAGCAUAA